AGGCGAACAGGGGAACAAUUAAAAAAAAUACAGUGGCCUGGUGCAAGCACCGGCGCUAAUAAUUAGUUCGUCCAGCGAGGUAGCAUUGCCCCAGAGUGGUUUUUCGGGUGCGACUCUCUCACCAGCUGCCUCUCUUCCCUCUCGCCUCUUCCGAUUUCUUCUUUCUUUCUUUUUUCCGAAUAUUGGCAUUUUGGGCUCUGUGUUUGGGUUUCGCCAAUUCUUUUCUUCCUUUCUUCUCUUUUUCUUUCUUUCAUCCUUCUCCUCCCACGUUUUUCUUCUUCACCCCGUGCUGCACGUCUAAUUCACCCGGACACGCACACGCUUCUAUUCAGUCUCCGGAUUCACACUUUAACCAGCUUUCUUUUCCGAUACACUCUUUUUUAUCCAAUACUUGGGAAUUUCCUUCUUUGUCUUCUUCGCUUCUUUUCUUCGAUAUCCAUUUACGCAAUAUCUUCAAUAUUCGACCCUCCCUUUUUACGCUUGACACGCGACAGUCGGCUUUGUGCCCACAUUAGCCGUCAAGGCGAGACAUCGCUCCACGAUUCCUUCCAAAAUCAACUAAUUUUUGCAUUCCAGCCGUCAGGCUCCUUACAGGGUCGCGCAUAGCUCGCGCUCAACUGACCUUCGCGUUGGUCAAAGUCAAGGCGCCCCAAUAGAUAGACGUCGCCUUGUCCUGUCACUUCGUCCGCCUCCAUUGCCUGUUCCCAUCACGAUACCAUCGAAUCGCCAACAUGCCCGGUUUACUCACAAGAAGGUCGGCAGGCAUCACCAGAUAUGUGGCUUUGGCCAUAUUUCUCUUCUGCGCCUUCAUUGUCCUCUCACGCAACAAUCAUGAUAGCCAACCUCGAACCUUCUUCCGUCCUGAAAUGUCCGACAACCAUGCAUCACCCAUGGCUGGCCACAAAGCAUACGAUUCACAGUCUCCCAUGCGUCGACCUCCGUCCGGCCACUUCCCCAGACCAAAGACGAAGCAGGCUCCUCUCGGCGAUGACGGCCACCACCCUAUCGACAAGCUCGUCCACGACGCCCAGGCCAAAUAUGACGAGAUGCUUUCCCGUGAAAGCAAAACUGUGAGUGAUGCUGCUCAGGAAUAUCGCAAGCGUCACGGUCGACACCCUCCUCCCGGCUUUGACAGAUGGUUCAAGUUUGCAAAGUCGGUCGACGCGGUGAUUGUGGAGGACUUCUUUGACCCUAUAUACGAGGAUCUCGAACCAUUUUGGGCCAUGGACCCCGCCAUGCUACGUAGAGAGUCAUGGGAUUAUGAAAUGACAAUCAACGUACGAAACGGCAAAGCCACUGCUGGCAGUGACUGGUUCUGGACAGUGCUUUGGCUUAACAUGACAAAGUCUGUCGAGCACCUUUUGCCCGAUGUUGAUCUGCCCCUCAACGCCAUGGACGAAACACGUGUUGUUGCCCCUUGGGAAGAUGUCAACGCCUUUAUGGCAAAGGCUGCCAAGACGGUACAUCUUGGUAACCCCAAGAAUAUUAAAAAUACAUAUCAAGCGCUACCCCCGCCAGGCCAGGGCGACCUCGGCGUCAACCCCCGCUCUAGAAAGUUCCAAGAUGAUAAAUUCUACUGGCUUUUGGCCAGACAAGGCUGCCCUCCCGACAGCCUAGCGCGCCAAACACCGCCGAAGUCUGCCUUGCGAUCACCGCCCUACAUCAGCAUGGACUACUCCAAACCACACUCACCCGACGGUUACGUUGCCAACUACAGCAUGUCUUCUCAUCUAUGCCACCAGCCUGAUCUUCAGGGCCUCGAAGGAGCCCUUAUCCGACCUCUGUCUACCUCGACCACACAGACUCUGACUCCCAUGUUUGCCGGCUCUAAGCUGAGUGUCAGUAACGAAAUCCGACUUCCAGCACCAAUGUACUGGGCAGGAGAGGAGCGUUUUACUGGCGGCAACAACCACGGUGCUGCCUGGCACAACAAGUUGGAUCGUGUGGUCUGGCGAGGCGUGGCCACUGGCGGCUUCAACACCGAGGAUAACUGGCGCGGAUUCCAGCGCCACCGAUUUGUAGCCAUGAACAAUGGCACCAAGGUAUCCGGAGCCGAAUCUGGGUUCAUGCACCCCGAAAACUUUGCUCUGCCCGAAAAGCAAUACAACGUUCAAGCCCAGCACCAGGGCCAGCUUGGCGAAUGGAUCGAAUCUUUCUCAGAUGCUAGCUUCAUCGAGCUCGACUGCCACUCCGACGACCCCAACGUAUCCGACGAGGACCGCUGCAGCUACGUCGACAGCUUCUACGAGACCACCGAGGGCCUCCCUAUGGCAAAGCAGUUUGACAACAAGUAUGUGCCCGAUAUCGACGGCAACUCCUUCUCCGGACGCUACCUCGGCUUCCUGCGAUCCACGUCUCUGCCCAUCAAGGCCACCAUCUUCCGCGAAUGGCACGACAGCCGAAUCGUCCCCUGGAAGCACUUUGUGCCCAUGGACAACCGCUUUGGUGACUACUUUGGCAUCAUGGAGUACUUUUUGGGCUUUGGCAACAAGCCUGGUCACGACGCCGUGGCUGAGAAGAUUGCCAUGGACGGCAAGGAGUGGGCUGAAAAGGUGCUGCGCAAGGAGGACAUGCAGGUGUACUUUGUGCGCUUGAUGAUGGAGUACGCCCGCAUCUGCGAUGAGCGCCGCGAAACCAUGGGCUGGGUAGCUGAUGUGACAGCCGACCCGACGCUCAAGUCUGCGUGGAGAUGGUGGUGAAGAACCAAACAGUGCGCUGUGAGGCUGUCCCUCUCCAUCGAAUGGCUCAUGAUUCUGAUUUUCUUCAACUGGCGUUUUAUGUAUUCUACUUAGCGAGGCACUGUCGAUUUCAUUUCUACAUCAUCAUCAUCAUCACGCAUCUUUCUCCCAUCUGGCUAUGGCUAUAGCAUCACCUUUAUCUCUAUCCUGGGCCAAGCUCUAAGGAUAGGCGAUACUUUAUUUCUGAAGGGCCAAAACUGGCAAAAGAUUAGAUGCUAUCUUACAAUACAAACAUUUUUCAUCCAUU